CACAUCUUCCUCCGCUCCGCUGGAAAUUACUAGCUCUAGGGUUUACUACACUCUCCUCUCCUCUCCGGCGAGGUCGAGCGGCGGCGGCGGCGGCGGUCUAUUCUCUAUCUCCUCCGACCGAAUCUACGGUCGUUCUCAAGGAAGGUUCUAAAAAAAAAGUUGGUUCGGAUUCAGCCCGACAUGACUGGAUCGCAUACACAUGGUUCAGCCAGAACUGCUUUCUGUAUAUGAUUCAGAAUUAAACUGAAUUUGGUCUGUUCGAUGGAGGACCUACCAGAGGCUCUGGUGACAGAGAUUGUCAAGAGGAUCACCAGGACAAGUGAUCUCAAUUGUCUUUCCCUCGUGUCAAAGCAGCUCUACAAGAUAGAGGGGAAUCAAAGGGGUGCUAUCCGUGUUGGUUCCGGUCUUUGCACUGCUACAGAAGCAGUGACAUCAUUGUGCGCCCGGUUCCCAAAUCUGCAGAAAGUGGAAAUCGAUUACUCUGGUUGGAUACCUGGACAUGGAAAGCAGCUGGACAACAAAGGCCUUUCUGUGUUUUCAUCUCACUGUUCCUCGCUGGUUGACCUCACCUUAAGCUUCUGCUCAUGCAUCGAUGACUCUGGACUUGCUUGUUUAGCGAAUUGCAAGAAAUUGGUGUCUCUCAGGCUCAACUCCACACCACAAAUAACUUCGAUUGGGCUUUUCUCAGUUGCAGUUGGUUGCACAAGUCUAUCUGCCCUCCACCUUAUUGAUUGCGAGGAAAUCGACAAUGUAGAGUGGCUGGAAUACCUUGGUAGGGAUGGACCAUUGUACGCCCGCUUCCCAAAUCUGCGGAAAUUGGAAAUUGAUUACACUGGUUGGAUUCCUGGACAUGGAAAGCAGCUGGACAACAAAGGCCUUUCUGUGUUUUCAUCUCACUGUUCCUUGCUGGUUGACCUCACCUUAAGCUUCUGUUCAUGCAUCGAUGACUCUGGGCUUGCUUGUUUGGCUUAUUGCAAAACAUUGGUGUCUCUCAGGCUCAACUCCGCACCAAAAAUAACGUCAGUUGGGCUUUUCUCGGUUGCAGUUGGCUGCACAAGUCUAUCUGCUCUCCACCUUAUUGGUUGCGAGAAAAUUGACAGUGUAGAGUGGCUGGAAUACCUUGGUAGGGAUGGACCAUUGGAAGAGCUUGUAGUGAAGAAUUGCAAAGGAAUCAAUCAUCAUGACUUCCUAAAGUUUGGUUCAGGAUGGAUGAAGCUCCAGAAGUUUGAGUUUGAGGGCAAAAGAGGAAGAUAUGAUAGUCUUACAGAUGAUGUGGUCUAUGACUCCUCGUACGAUGCUCACAGCAUGGAUUUGUAUGAUUUCUACUGUGAGAGUUUGAAGGAUUUAAGGUUGGCACGUAUUAAAACUUGGCCGGAAGUAGGACUUCGUGUUGUCCUAGGGAAAUGUAAAGCAUUGGAGAAGCUUUGCCUUGAGUAUGUUUGUGCCUUAAAUGACAAUGACAUGAUUGCAUUAUCUCAGAGCUGCAGCAACCUUAAAAGCAUCUCACUUUGGCUCAACCUGCAGCACUACUCUAGUGAUGUCAGCUAUUGUGAAACCAGGACAUCAUUUACUGAUAACAGUCUUUACGCUCUAGCCCUAAACUGUCGUAUGCUUCAGAUGGUGGACCUCAGCUUUACAGGAUGUGCUGCUGACUGGCCAUCAGAAAUAGGAUUCACACAAGAGGGUUUUCUGGUGCUCAUUCAGUCUUGCCCAAUUCGUGUCCUCGUGCUCAACAACGCCAACUUCUUUGAUGACGAGGGGAUGAAGGCCCUCUCAUCCUCACCUCAUCUGGAGACACUCGAGCUUAUAUUGUGUCGUGCGGUAACUGAUGUUGGGAUGCGCUUCAUUGCGCACACCCCAUGCUUGAGUAAUCUCACACUUCGGAUGUGUCCUAACGUCACUGAUGUGGGAGUGGCUGAACUGGAACAUGCACAGAAGUUAGAGUCUUUGGUCGUCGAGUCUUGUGGUGAGGUCUCUCUGCAAGCUGCGCAUUGUGUUGCCAAGUCAGUUCAGUACUCCAGCGAGUGUUCAAAUGUCCUUAUGAAGAAAAUUGGUCUUGGCAGCUAUUGAUGAAGUGGUCUCCAAAAAAUUUAGUAUGGAUUUGCUGCUGAAGCCAUUAAGUUGUUUCCUAUGCAUCAUUGCCUUCUACCUUUACUGUAGGAUUUUUCUGUAUGAUAGUCUAAUGAUGAUCGGCAUCUAGUGGAUGAAAGUUUAAUAGUGGGCACCACUUGUGUAUUACUAUCAACCGUACGUAAUUCUGGUUACUUUAUUUCUACUCUCUGUAGCCGUUUCGUGACCGGCAUAAGUAGGCCCCAAGAUUUCCUGUAUUUGCUGUGGAGGCACUAUAUGGCCGUUUGGUGUUAUUUGUCUUAUUUAAGCAAAUGUCCUGGACCCCUUGUUUUAUUGCACAAAUGCCUGCUAUGUUCGCGUGGCACUAUGCGAUUCAUUGUAGUAAUAAUAUUAUGUCCAAGUUUCGCUGGACAUGUACAAAGGCGACAUGCUUGUUUUGUUGA